ACAAACCUUUCGUUCUCUUUUUUGCAGGCCAAAAUGGCUGGGAACAGCACAGCUUGUGUUUUGGACGCGGACAGCAGCUCGGACGCCCUGCUCAUCGACCCGGAGACCAGCACCAGGAUGUCACGCAGCUCAAGCAUCACAUGCGUUGCGAUGGACACGUCUGCGGACGGACGCGUGCUGCCCGUUCUCGGCAGUAGCGUGCGAAUCACCCGCAGCAGAAGCAGCUCUCGCGCUGGAACGGCGCCAGGCAGCCCCGCCACCGCCUCGUCGUCGAACCCUGUGCUCGUCGUCGAUGGCAGCGGCGAUGUUGAAGUCCAUGGAGCCGCGAGCGUCGUGAUGACCAGCAAGCGCACACGGAGCCACGACCUCAACGAUGAGGACGAUGCGGAGGAGCGAAAUUUCCCGCGCAAAAUCGUGGUGCUGAGCAGAGCCGCGACCGAGCCGACCCUCCCCGAAGAAGAAGAGAUCAACGAGGUCUUGUCGCAGGGUGAACCCCAACCUCAUCCUCAGCCACGGUCUCAGCACAAGAAGGGCGCGGAGGACACCGACGACGACGAUGUCGUGAUCCUUGCCGUCUCCAAGACUGCUGCUGCCCCGUCGAGUUUGCUGGGCUUGCGUGCGAGCUCAACCAUUGUGGCAAACGAUGACGACGAGCCGUGUGUUCUGCUGGACGAGGUCAACGCGAGUGCUGCGACGUUUGCCGAUGGAACCACCCGAUGCGCGGGUUGCAAAACCGGGGUGAGCUCUGAAGGGGUUUACGUUCUGGACGUCUGCUUGCAUCGGCUGUGUCCGCGUUGCGUGGACUCGACUGUGACCACGCACAUUCUGCCUUCCGAGCUCGGCUUGGUCGUGUGCCCUGUCGCAAGGUGCGGCAAGUACCUGUCUUCCCGCGACAUGAGUCGCAUGCUCCAUCACCACUUUGCUGGCAGCAGCAGCGUCGCUGAGUCGCCCAGAACUCGUGGAAGGCGCAAUGCCGCGGCCAAAGCUGCUGUUGCUGCUGCUGCUGCUGCUAGCGGCACCCUGCCCUCCCUGACCAAAGCAGCAACGACAGAGCUGCAGACUGCUGACGACGCCUUCACCCAGCUGCGCGCCAAGUGGCUGGGUCGCUUCAUGCAAACCAUCUAUUCUCCGCCGACCCCGGCCAUGCUCGGCCUUGCAUCCACCAGCGCUGCAAACGUCCAGCCCGACAAGAGCGACCGCAAGAGCACGUAUGCGAUUGCGGGCAGCAGCCUUCAUGCCAUAGCGGCGUGUCUGAAGCCGAUCGCCCCGCAGUGCCCGACCUGCCAGCAGUCUGUGACCCUGUACGAGUAUCCCCAAACGACCAAUGCUACAAUGUUGGAUGCACCGAUCGGUCGCAUGCACCACACUUGCGCUGCGUGCAACACCAACCUCUGCAUUGGGUGUCUGGCUGUCUUGCCAACUCGCCAGCGCGCACCUCAGGCUCACCACUGCCCUGCCGUGUUUGCCGUCAUGCUAGCUCGCCAGCUGGCCUUGGUUGAGGCGAUCCUUUACCGUCCAGAGCAAAAGCCGCAAGCCACCAUCGGCGCCAGCCAGCAGCCGCCGCCCAUGCAGUCCGUUCCGAGCGAAGCAGCAGAUCGAGGCCGAGGUCGAGGUCGAGGUCGGGGUCGCGGUCGGGGACGAGGUCAGCACCUGUCGAAUGUGUCGCAGCCAAUAGGCUCGCGGGGAACGGGAUAUGCCGGAAACGAGCAGUACGCCACGUAUUCGACAACGGCCAGCAGUCUCGUUUCGUCGUGGAAGGAAGACUCGCAGCUGGCGCGAGUUUUAGUCGACAUCACUCGCCUUCUUGAAAGGCUGGACACGACCUAUGGUGCAGGAUGGUUGGGUGCGUCUGCGCCUAGUAGCGCACAUCCCGAUGCGGACAUUCUGGAAGGCGUAGCUGCAUCUCCCGCCAUGUUCACCCACCCCAUCCCGCCGUUCCUGCUGCCGAUGGUACUCCGAUCAGAGUUGACAGAGCUGCUAGUCGCCUUUCUGAGAAACGACAGCAUGAUGGAGCUGGCAGACCGGCGCGAGAUUUGCUACGCCGUUUUCGGGCUGUUGAGUGUGUGCGCAACGCAUCCAGACUUGAUUAGUCUGACCACAAUGAACCUGCAGGGAACCUUGGCCAUGGCUGUUGCGGCCAUUCAACUUGGUGCUGCUCCAGCGCCGGAGCAGCCGCCUGCACUCUUGUCAAAAGUGAGCUCUGGUGGGCGCAGUCCUGCCAAGUCCAAAGGCAACAAUAAUGCAAAGGAAGCAAGCGCAGCAGGCCCGGCAAAAUUCACCCGCAGCGGCACACUCAUCGAGGAUGCUCCCACUGGUGAUGGUCCCGCCAAACUCACGAGUACCGGCACGCUGGUGGACGAGAGCGCCGCGCCGAGUCUCGAGCCACGCCAGUCGGCGCCGGGCGAAUCGAGUACCUGCAUUGCUGCACUGCUCCGCAGCUUUGAGACUCAAGCCAGCUUCUUUUUGCAGUCCACCAGCAAGAUGCAGGACGCUGGCACAGCGGUGGCGGAGAACGACGAGAUGGGCGCGACGUACCGCCUGUGUCUCGAGAUUGUGGGCCUCUGUCGUGAUGUUCAGCAAGCCGUCGAAGUCGCGCGGACUGCUCAAAAGGAGCUUUCAAAGGUGUCAAGCUCGAUGGGGACGACAGAUGAUUCGUCAUCUCAACCUGCUUCGCAACCGCAACAGGACUCGGCAGAUGCCACAGCCGCAGCACGCCCGGCCCCACGGAGCAGCCGAAGCUUGACGACUACUUCUCAAGCGUCGUCGUCGUCAACCCCUGCAUCGUCGUCGUCCUCCUCCUCCUCGGCCGCUCCAGUCAGUGCCGCGUCUGCAGCUGUUGUUUCUGAGGCUGAUCGCUAUGUGAGCGCCUUGUCCCCGCUCCGGUUUGAAUCGAUUGCAGGCCUGGCUGCGGCGCACACAUACCGCCCUAUGUUUGACAAACCACCACCCAGCGGUGCAUCUCGCACGCGCAUGCCGCGCCUCUUCAAGGAACUCAUGGCACUUUCCACCGCUCUCCCCGUCGCUUGGGCAUCGUCCGUGUUUUUGCGUGUGGACGAUUCGCGCAAUGACGUGCUUCGCGCGUUAAUUAUUGGACCAGAGGGCACUCCAUAUGAGAACGGUCUGUUCUUUUUCGACAUUUGGGUGUCUUGGACCUACCCUCAAGAGCCUCCGCGCGUGCAGUUCCUCACAACGGGCAACGGUACUGUGAGGUUUAAUCCCAACCUGUACAACUGCGGCAAGGUCUGCCUGUCGCUCCUCAACACUUGGGAGGGGCCGAGCUGGACGGCAACGGCGACCCUCCUCCAGGUGCUCGUCUCCAUCCAGUCGCUCGUGUUGGUGCAAGAGCCGUUUUACAACGAGCCAGGGCUGCGGAACAAUGCGGUCGAGUCCAAGCGCUACAACCGAAACCUCUAUCUGGCGACCGCGCGGUGGGGCAUACGCAGUCCGCUCCAGCGCACAUUCAACGGCUUUGAGAGUGUUGUGAAGCGGCACUUUUUCCUAAAGCGCGACGCCAUCAAGAGGCAACUCGACGGAUGGGCGACAGAACUUGCUGCGGCUCUGCCUGUCGCGCGGCAGGACUUUUUCGGGUUUGGCAGAGAUGCGACUGUGGGCGACCUCCGAAGUGAGAUUACGGCCAUUACACCGCUGUUGGACUCGCUGACGAUGUCUGAUGCCGGGUUGUAGAAGCGAAUUGAGGUUUGAAGAUGUGGCGGGGUGUUUUAUUUUUGUCCUGGUUUUGCUUGUGUUAAUAUCAGUUUUGAGAUGAUCGA